CACGGCUCUCCAUAGCUGCCCAAGCUGCCCUGGGGUAAGCCACAUUUGUUCUCAUUUUACUUUGAAAAGCCACUCGGCGAUAGCAACCUGCUCACGCCCGCGGGCAUCAUAUCAAACGGCCGGAUUCAGCCCCGUAGAAACUUCGGCGAUGAACGGGCCAGACGUUGGCAAUGAAAGGUUCUUGGUGGAGGUAAAGUAUGGAAUUAGGGCUUGGCGUCGACUUGAUCGCCGCCGCGUAAUGUCCCUAUCGAGAUCGUCACCGACUCGAAGUCUGAAAAGUGGAGUCCAGUCCUCGGGGACCAAUGCCAGUUCCCACUUCAUCUGACUCGAACACAGCUCGUAUGCUUGAUGCAACUGAAAGGGAUAAGGACAAACCGUCUCGGCAGUCAGUAGUUCGGACCCCAGGCCCACCUGGGCCGUCCUCCAUACCUAGGUACCCAUACACAGCGCCCUGACUACCCCAUCUUUGUCACUUUCUUUCCGGCGCCCCAGAAUGAGCUGAGAACUCCGGAACUCUGAAAAUCGCAAUGGUCACGGUGGAGAACCUUAAAGGGCGCUGGCUCACGGGAACGACACAUCGCUGCCAGAAUGAGGUCGCAGUCACACAAAACUAUGGUUCAGCGCUGAAAGCAUUUUCGCAUAGAGAUGGGGGGCAUAGAGUCGUUGACGGUCCCUAGCAACAUACAUGACUGAAACUACGGGUAAUUUCACCGCGUACCGGCAUUAUCGCACUAGGACCCAGAAAUGAGGCUCCACCUUCAUGACAGCCCCAGGACCCAGGUCUCGAUGCUGCUGGGGCCUGAGACACCCUUUUCUUUCCCGUUGGGUGACGCCAAAACGCUUAACCGCUUGAUAUACCCCGUUUCCUCUGAUGGCAGAAAUCCAGGCCAGAUGUUGUACCGACAACCAACACAAAACUUUUGUGCUCUCGGUCUGUGACCAGGUACUGACUCAUCUGACUUGCUCUAUCUUUCACAGUUUCUUAUUCCCUGGUUCUUUGAAAGACUAAAUUGUUGCAUUUCGACAUUCUAUCGGCGCCCAAAGCAAGUCUUCGCCGCCGACAGUCCGAUAUGCCUCUAGGCGGGAAGGGUCCGGCGGUGCUCGCGUGUAUAUGGACCGAGGCAGCGAUAACGCUGACCUUCAUCGUUUUGAGAUGGUAUACAAGACACUUCAUCAAGGGCAAGAUUGGGUCUGAUGACUAUCUGCUUUGGAUAACCUGGAUAUUGCAACUUGUAUUUGCCGUCACGUUCUCAGUGUCUUGUGCUUAUGGGUUCGGCCAGCACAAUGCCGACCUAGCGAUCUCUGACAGAGCCGGGGCGACAUUCUGGGAGCUUAUCGGGCAGUCGGCCGUAGCCCUGACCAUGGGCACAAGCAAAGCAGCUGGAGCCUUGUUCUUGUUGAGGAUUCUUACUACUUCUUGGCACAAAAUGCUACUCUGGGCGUGGAUGCUAAGCAACGGCUUUGUUGCCGUCAUGCUGGCUAUUUGCGUCUGGGCGCAGUGUACGCCAACGCACGCAUUAUGGGACCAGAAGACUCCGAUAGAGGCAUGCCCCAUCAGCCUCACCAAUUUGGCCUACGUCACCUGCAGCUGGAGCGCUGCCAUGGACUUCUUUCUGGCCAUCUUCCCGUGGUUUGUGUUGUGGGAACUCAACAUGAAGAAGAAGGAGAAGAUCACCGUCUGUGUGUCGCUUAGCCUGGGUAUCUUUGCCGGCGUCUGCGGCGUCAUCAGGACUACCGGCCUAGGAGUGCUGGGCAACUCUGCCGACUACUUGUUCGCCACGGCCGACUCGGUGAUGUUCACCUCCAGCGAGCUCAUGGUCACCGUCGUCUGCAUCUCCGUCCCAACGCUCCGGCCUAUGUGGCAAAAGGUGUUGCAUAUGCAAUCAUCGGCCUACCAGUACGGCACAGGAGACAACUUUGACGGCAGCCGCUACGGCAGGGGAACCUCCAAGAAGCAGACGCUGGCAUCGGUGGAUGGCGGGCCCGACGCGGAGAGCUUCGGCAUGGCGAAUUUCGGGCCGUCCAACGGGGCCAAGAGCAAGGGGAUGAUGGUUACCACGAAUGUGACCGCCUUCUCGUCUGCCCCGAUGGGCGCCAAGAACACAGACCACAUCUCUGAUAACGACAGUGACAAGGAGAUUCUAGGAGAUGACCAGCAACACCAAGGUUACGGAGAUGGAAUUCGCAGGACGCGUCAAGUCACCGUUACGUACGGAUCAGCCGUCUAGGGGCGGCUCUGGAGACAGAUGAAAGAUACCUACUUUGUACACAUAGUUCUACUUAAUAAGCAAUAAUAAUGACACCGAUGAGA